CAAACAAACAACACACAAGUCUUCCUUCUUACACACUAAUCAUCCUCAUCCUGCCACCCCCACCCCCCACCCCCAAUUAUUAUAUCAACAAUAUUUCACUCAACGUCCACCCCACCCACCCCCUUUCAAUCCCUUGCUUCUCCAGAUCAAACAAUUGAACCCAACACCAACUGUUCGAUCAUAUGCCUAGCAGAACAACCAGCCAAUUUCAGCUGCAUUUUUUUCAAUUCUGAAUUCUGGGUCUUUGUUUGCUACCAUGGAGGCAUCGAUUUGGAUUUCAACUAACUGGGUUUGAUUAAAAAAGGAUUGAUAUAUCGGUGAAGAGCACUGUCAUCCGAAUUAAUAUCGGGCUGGCAGAUAUAUAAAAAGAUUAAAUAUAACAUGGGAUGCUUUGUAUCGACCCCAGAGGAUUCAGGUGGGAAAAGAAGGCGGCCGGGUAACAUCGGUGAAGUGUCGGUUUUUGUUCCGGGUUUAAGGAUUCCGAAACCUGUGGAUUUUUCUGAGUCACUCGGUGACCAUUUAUGUAAAAGUUUAGUUGAACGGCUUUCUGCUCUUAGGACACGUAUAGUUGUAAUGGCGGGACAAGAAGCACCGUCUAUCACAAGAACACGGAGAAGAAACGCUACCCAACAUGGAGGCUCAACUUUAGGUGAUCUUCUGCAAGCCCUUGAAGAUUAUUUACCGGUCCUUCUGGGACUGGUUAAAGAUGGAAGCCCGUUACAACAUAAAGUGCAAUAUACAUGGAUAAACCAGGAGGAUGAAUCAGAGGAAGUCGGGAUGUAUAGUGCUUGGUAUGAGGUAUUAUCUGUUUUGCACUUGAUGGCAGCGUUAUCACUAUCACAAGCAAACUUGUUGCUUCUCCCGAGAACGUCCACCGAUGGUUAUUUGCCUAAAGUAUCUGAAGAAAGCAGGAGAUCUGCAAUCGAUGUUUUGUUAAAGGCAGCAGGAUACCUCGAUUGUGCAGUAAAGCACAUUCUUCCACAGUUGUCUCCUGAACACAGGAGAGACUUGCCAGUGGACCUUGCAGAAGGAGUUUUGAGAGCGCUAUGCCUUCAAGCACUAGGACAGGGUGUGGACAUACAACUCGGGCUUGCAAUAGACAGUACCAAAGCCACUCUUGCUGUCAAGCGAAGGCUUGCUUGUGAGAUGGUCAAGUAUUGGCAGCAGGCCCAAGAUAAUAUUACAAACCUUCCACUAGCAAAUGGUUGGGGUGAGAAACACCGGUUUUAUGUCAAGUGGAAAUAUAUUGAAGCCAAGGCAGCAGCGUAUUACUAUCAUGGAUUGAUUCUCGAUGAAGGUAACACUGAAAAAUCACAUGGAAUGGCUGUAUCCGCUUUACAAGCAGCCGAUGAGUAUCUGAAAGAGAGCAAAAGGGCAUGUGAAGCUUUUAAUACAGCUGUUCCUAUCUCAAGAACUCCACCUCUUUGGGGAACUAUGAAGUAUCUCUCUGAAAAAAUUCCGAAAGACACUUCUAGCAAGGUUCGCAUCAACCGGGAUUUAUAUACUUACGAAAAAAUCAUGGAAACGGCACCGACUUUACCUGAUUUUGCUUUGGCCCUGAAGCCUGAUGAAUAUCAACUCCCUGACGUUGACCCGUCAUGGAACGAUGAAAAUGUCAACAAGGGGCAGAAUGGAAACAACAAAGAUUAAGAACAACUACAACAUCAUACGAUUAUGAUGUGUGAGCUUGACAUCCAAAACGUGGAUCGUUGUCGCUUGAACAUUUUUUGUGAAUCAUUUCGUUGGCGAGUUUGUUCAUAAGCGUUGUCAAUCAACAAUCGGUCAUAAGAACAAUGUAUGUUCAAAAGUGUUUAAUAUGAAAUAUGAAACUUGUACACUGUUGAGAUCUUUGUGGAAGAUUUGAGACCUUUUGUCCUUUAGAUGUGUAAAAUAUCAUACAUUGUAUUUUGGUGGUGUUGAAUCAAUUGUUUCAUGGUUGUUUUCUGCA